AUGUUGGGUGCCUCCUUCGCGGGCCUGGUCUCCCCAAUGCCAACGAGCAUCUACUAUCCCGCUCUGCCAGCCCUAGCGGAGGAUAUGCACGUAUUGAAUACGUUGAUCAACUUGACAGUCAUGACAUAUCUGAUAUUCCAAGGCAUCGCACCCUCCUUCACCGGCUCCCUCUCCGACGCCUAUGGUCGUCGUCCAGCAUACAUUAUCUGCUUCACGAUCUACGUCGGCGCAAAUAUCGGACUAGCGCCUGUGGUAGUAGCGGGAUUCUGCUACUUGCCCUUCGGCAUUGGGAGUCUCACUUCAAGAUGGACGGUCGGAUUUGCUUUGGAUUGGAACUUCAAGCGCGAGGCUAAGAUGCAGGGACUGGAAAUCGUGAAGAACAAGCAGCAAGACAUUCGCGAGUUUGAUAUCGAAGCUGCAAGGCUAAAGGUGACACUUCCGCUGGUUUACGCUGCUUGUCUGUGUAUUAUCGGAUACGGCUGGGUUAUGGACUAUCAAACCGCACUCGCUGGGCCGCUGGUGAUGUUGAUUUUCACUUGCCAUUUGACGACGGGCGCGUUCACGACGCUCAGCACCCUGGUGGUGGAUGUGCAUCGACAUGGGGCUGCAACAGCUGUUGCGGCAAAUAACCUCGUGCGGUGUCUACUAGGUGCAGGCGCUGCAGCAGUUGGAACGCCGGAGAUUGAUCGCAUUGGAAUCGGAUGGACGGCAACCCUUGUUGCUGGCAUAUGGGCUGUUUUUAGCCCGUUGCUGGUGAUAAUGUCUCGCUGGGGGCAUGAAUGGAGAGAGGAGAUGAGAGUCAAAGGCGAGGCGGAAAUGGACUCGGGCCCCCAAUUCGAGACAGCUUUUAUGACACACGCCAACAUGGCACUCACUACCAAGGAUGAUAAUUAUAGGGCAAAUUCCGAAAAGAAAGAUGAUCAGCACACCGAUCGAAACUCGAGAAGCAUCAUGCAAGGCGAGAUCUGCACACCAGAGGAAGAAAAGCGCGUUCUGCGCAAGAUAGACAUGGUCAUUUUACCAAUGGCUCUGCUAUGUGACCUUGUCGACUUACCGGCUGACGACUCAGACCUGGACAAACAGAGCCUCAGCUAUGCUGCGGUGUUUGGCCUAAUCACCGAUCUUGACCUCGAAGGCAGCCAAUAUUCCUGGUGCUCUUCGAUAUUCUACUUCGGUCGCCUGUGGAUAACAAUGAACGGCCUCGCCCAAGUGAUCGGCGCAUUGCUGAUGUACGGGAUCGGUAAGAACACACAGUUGGGCCUGGCCCCGUGGCGUGUCCUAUUCCUUGUCUGUGGCGCGUUGACGACCUUCUCGGGGAUCUUAUUUACUGUCUUGAUGCCAAACGGCCCGCAAGAUGCGUGGUUUCUGAAUGCAAGAGAAAAGGAAGUUCUGAGAAUGCGCAUGGCAGCCGAUAACGAAGGCGGAGACGCUAGACGGUUCUCAGGUCCUCAAUUUAAGGAGGCAAUGUUGGAUGUGAAAUCGUGGUUAGUGUUUGGCUUUGGACUGCUAGUUACAAUGCAGAGUCCAGUCCUGACGGCUUCGUGUAUAUCAGACGUUAUGGCUAUUCUCCUCAGUCUAAGCGCUUCGAAUGUGAAAGGGAAUACAAAGCGGGCUGUCGUUAACAGUCUGUUCUUCAUCGGGUACUGCGUUGGAUGUAUCGCGGCGCCGCAGCUUUGGACAAAGAGACCGCGGUAUUUCGAGGGAGUUGUGACUGCGAUUGUGACAUGGUGUUUAUUAUUUGUUGUCGUGGGCAUCUAUUGGGCCAUUUGCGCUAAGGAGAAUAAAUUCAGAGAUGAGAAGGAGAGACGUGGCGAGGUCGAUGCAGGUGAGGCCGAAGCCGAGGACGGAGACGUUACUGAUACGCAGGAUAGAGGAUUUAGAUAUAGUCUCUAA